CUUACCUCUACCACUGAACCGGGAAUAACGUCGCUGUUUGCGGGGAAAGAGAAAUGCGCCUCAUCCAGAACAUGACGAGCAUCGCGGAGUCCGCGGCGCCCCCCCGGGCCAUCCGCAUGGCGGUGAUCGGAGGCAGCGGAGUCGGUAAAACCGCGCUGGUGGUUCGGUUCCUCACGAGGCGCUUCAUCGGAGACUACGAGAGGAACGCCGGUAACCUCUACUCCAGAGAAGUCCAGGUGGACGGAGAACAGGUGACCAUCCAGGUCCAGGACACUCCUGGUGUGGAGAUGACCGAUAACACCAUCAACCUCCCGGACCACGUGACCUGCUCCGUCCAGUGGGCGGAUGCGGUGGUGCUGGUGUACUCGACCACCGACCGCCGCAGCUUCGACCUGAUCGAGCAGCUCCACCGGCAGGUGGUGCGCACCGGCGGCGGCAACAUGCCCCCCGUGAUCCUGCUGGCCAACAAGUCGGACCUGCUGCACCUGCGGUGCGUGGACCCCCAGCAGGGCCCGCUGCUGGCGUCCACGUUGGGCUGCUCCUUCUACGAGGUGUCGGCCAGCGAGGACUACAGCCAGGUCCACCGGGCCUUCCACCGGCUGUGCUGCCAGCUCGCCAAGCAGCAGCCGCCUGCCACGGCGGCGCCGCCGGCGGCCACCAACUCCACCGAGAAGAGGCGCUCGCCGCUCAUCCCCAGGCCCAAGUCGCCCAAUAUGCAGGACCUGAAACGGCGCUUCAGGCAGGCGCUGUCGGCCAAAGUGCGGACCGUCACCUCGGUGUGAGGAGGCGGAGCCGAGAGGUCGGAGGACCGGCCAGAGGAAGAAGAAACGCCUUUCUGAAGAAUCUAAUGCUUCAACGUCCCUCGGAUCAGUCCGGCUGACGCAGGUUUUUGUCCCGGCGGGUGCGCGUCCCGCCCGGGACGCCGUGGGCGAGGGAGGCUCGUCACGUGUCGAGAAACGACGCCCCCCUCCGACCCCCCCUCCCCGAGGACGUGGAAGCAGCGGCAGGAGACAAUAUGUCCUCCUGUGAUCCAGAUGUUGCCGGCUGGAGGACGGCUCCAUCUCAGCCGAGCUCUCUGUUUUAAUGGGAGCAGCGCUGAUUCUGGACUUAACUGCAGAGAAGCUGCUGGACUUUAAUGAUGCAAAGGACCUUCUGUUAUUUAUUUGUUACAAUUUCACUGUGUUCACAAUAAAAAUGAUUGAAUUCAACUUUCUGGUUUUCCUGUUUCCUGCUCACAUGAUGACCUUUUAAAUACAAAACACCAAACAAAAAAUAAGUAUUACUUAAUUUGAGGAAUAUUUACUUCCUUUAAACUUUGGCACCCUUUACAUCCAAUCACUUUAGACACCUCAAAGCCACUGAAUGAAAUUGUUUACACGAUAAUUGUACAAAGGAGAUAA